CAUCCGAUGCCGUGCCAUUUUGAACAUCUUCACUAAUUCAUUAUUCUCGUGAAGAAAUGUUUGCUGUUGUUGGACAAUGAUUCGCUUGACGGUUGGAUUUUGACCACAACGUGUAUCAACUUCCACAUCUUGAUUGCCCAUAAAAUAAAUUUGCAAAAAUUUAUGAUCUGCAUCUGGCACUAGCAGCAUUGCCCCCAGUAGGUGAUGAAUUUGUCCUUGUAUCUGUAAUUGUUUAAGAACUGGUUAAAUUAAUUGUGAUACAAAUAGGAAUUAGAAUUUCACUAAAACAAUUAUGGUAUACUACCUUGAAAGUAGGCAUGACCCCGUCUUGUACUACAUGCGUUGCACCAAACGAUGUCAUUUGGAAGCAAUUAUUAGGGGUAAUCAUAAUCCGGUGCAAAUGGUCUUGCAAAUGCAAAUUUCGGUGCAAGUGCAAAAUAUUUUUACACCAUGUUCUUAAACAAAAACAAAUUGCAUGUGUUUUGCAAAUGCAACACUGUUAUGCAAAUGCUACACUCAACCCCUAUUGUAUAUGUGCAAAUUAGUAUAGCAUUUCAAACAGCUGAUUUCUUUUGCAUACAUAUUUGUUUCGAUUUUUGGCACGUCAGGAAAAAUUUUUGGUAAGAAAAGUAAUUUGAAAGAAUUAACAAUUUAAAACUUAAUAAAACUAUUUACAGCAAAAUGAGCGAUAAAAAAGUGAAAAGGGAGCGACCGAACAAAAAAUGGACGAAGGAAGAAAUCAACAAGCUUUUGGAUUUUUUGGAGGAAGCAGAUGAAAUUGAGGCUCCAACAGCACAAUUUUUUUACAAAAAAUGCAUUCAGGUUAAGGGGAUCGAAGCCACGUGGGACUUGCUGCGGUGGAAGGUACGCCACCUAAAAAGUACAUUCAAUAAAGCGAAUGAUUAUCGCACCUCAACUGGCGCUGGAAUUGAUGAAAUGGAUGUGGGCGUUGGCAGUUUUGAAGACAAAAUUGAGAAAAUGUGCCCCCAUUACAAUCGGCUAAACAAAAUUUUCGGAGCUAAAUCGCAUGCGCAAAAUAAUUUCUGCGCUGUCGACACGCUUAUCGUGCAAUCGACAAUUUCUGCUUAUCAAUUUGCCAUUCAGUCAUGUCUUUCCACCGCAAUUUACCGUCUAGCCUCGCCAUCCACCAGCAAUAUCACCACAAAUAAUCUCUCCACCAGCAAUAUCACCGCCAAUAGCCUCGCCGCCAGCAGUUCCACCGCCAACAGUUUCGCAGCAACCACUCCCACUUGGGGCUGA